AUGUCGGAGUUCAACUUAUUGGAGUUACAAAAACAAUAUAUCAUUGAUCAAAUCAAAGGUAUACAGUUACCGGGGAAUUUGUAUACUUUGAUUCUUGAUGAUAAAACCGAAUCGAUCUUAUAUCAGGUGAUUAAAAAGGAACAAUUACUUAGAAUCGUUACCUCGAUUGAGAAGUUAGAUGAUAAGAGGAAACAACAAACUUUCUUAGAAGCCAUAUAUUUCAUUGAACCAACGAUCUAUACAUUGAAUUGUGUCAUAGGAGAUGUUAUCACUCAUAAAUAUAGGAAAGGAUGGGGGUUAUUUUUACCUAUUUUACCUAAUGAUAAUCAAAUCUAUCAAUUUUAUCAAAGUUCCAAAUUCUUGAAUAACCCUAAAGUUCAAAAUUACUUUGAUUUUGGGGAAAAUAUCACUUUUAUUCAAUCAAAUUUCUUCCCUAUUGAACAACGAGUGUUUUUAACCGACAAUAAAACCGAUAAUUCAAUGGCUAUUUAUUAUAAUGAGAAUUGUAGUGAUUUAGUAUUAGCUCAAAUAAGGAAAGUUGCCAAAAGUUUAGUUAAUUUGAUGGUUAUUACCGGAGAAUAUCCUUUAAUUCGAUUUUAUUCUCCACAAAAUCAACAUUUUUAUAAAGCAACUCGAUUAAGUGAAUUAAUAGCUGAUGAAUUUCAAAAUCAAAUUGAUGAAUAUGCUAGAAAUAAUCAUGAUUUCCCUCCUAUUGAAAAUCAAGAGAAACCAAGAUCUAUUUUAUUGAUUACUGAUAGAACUAUUGAUUUAUAUGCUCCUUUAUUACAUGAAUUUACUUAUCAAGCAAUGUCAAUGGAUAUAGUACCAAGUUUAGAACGAGAAGGUAUCUAUAAAUAUAAGAGUGAAAAUGAAAAGGGAGAAAUAUCGGAAAUUACCAAUAGUUUAACUAAUGAAAAUGAUGAAGAUUGGAUAAAUUUAAGACAUUUACAUAUUAUUGAAAGUAGUGAAUUGAUUAUUAAUAAGAUUAAUGAUUUAAUUAAGAAUAAUCCUUUAAUGGUAGAUAGAUCCAAAGCCACCACAUCUUCAGAUUUAAUGCAUAUAGUUGCCAAUUUAAAAGGUUUUGAUAAGGAAAGGAAACAAUUGAUGUUACAUAAAACCUUAAUUGAUGAAUGUCUCGAUAGGAAUGACGAAAGGAAAUUAGCGGAAUUUGCUGCAGAUUUUGAACAAACUUGUUGUGCUGAAGGAUUCAGUUUUGAAGGUAAUAGAAAUAAGACUUUACAUGAUGAUUUGAUUGUUUUACUUGCUAGAGAUGAUUUAACUGUCAAUGAUAAAAUGAGAUUGGUAUUAAUUUAUGGUUUAUAUAGAGGAGGAUUGAUUGAACAAGAUUUUAUGAAAUUAGUGAAAUUCAUCGGAGUUAAAGAUACUCAAAUUAUCUCCCUUAUUUCCAGAUGUUUCUAUAAUCUUCAUAAAUUAGGUUUACCAAUAGUUAAACUGAAAGUUACUGAUCCCAAAGUACAAAAGAAAUUAUUCCAUACUAUUAAUAAUGAUGGAACUUAUAACACCUCAAGAUUUGGACCGGGGAUUAAAUCUAUUUUACAAUAUUUGAUCAAAUAUCAAUUAGACGAAGAAUGGUUCCCAUAUUUCAGAGAUAAACCUUUAGAAGAUGAUAUUCCAGCUAAUAUUGAUAUCAAUAAUAAUCAUGUGAAUCCUAGUAACUCAUUAAGGAAUUCUCGUAUCAAAGCUUCAUGGGCUCAAUCAUCAACCAAAAUUAAUACCAUUAAAAAUAAGCAAAGAAUUUUCUGUUAUGUCGCUGGAGGUAUGACAUAUUCUGAGACUCGUUCAAUCUAUGAAUUAUCCAAAAGUUUAAAUAAAGAUUUCUAUAUUGGUUCAGAAACCAUUUUAAAACCAAGAGAUUUCUUAAUAGGUUUACAACUGAUGGAUAAAAUGAAACAAUUACCUGAUUUGAAUUUAAAUUUAUAUAAGGAAUUGACCGAUAAUCGUGAACCUCCAGUUUAUCUAUUUGAAAGUGAAAACAAAAAUCAUUUACAAUCUCGAGUUCCAUCCGCCUCGUCCAAUGGAUCGGCGACCCCGACAAUUCAACUGAAUCAAAAUCAAAUGAAUCAAAGUCAAAUGAAUCAAAUGAAUAUUGAUUUCAAUAAAUUUAAUAUCAAUUCUCAACCUAAUACCAAUUUACCUAGUCAUUAUCAAAAAAGAUCCAGUCAGAUCCAACCUGAAGAAAAAAAGGAAAAGAAAACUUCUAAAUUGAAGAAAUUAUUUAGAUAA